AGCAUAUGCUGCUUCUUCGUUUUCACUUUCCUCUUUCCAUUAAAAACCUGAGAGAAACAAGAACUUGAAGUUAUUCUUUUUUCCUUCCUAGUAUGUCGUAUUUCCUACGAAGAUCCUUUUCCUCGUUUCUCUAUAAACUUGUCGGAACUGCUUCACCAACGUUGUUUUGUUGUCGCCACUUAUCACAUUCCCAUCCCCACAACACCACUUCUCUGUUCUCUUCCACGUCGCUUUCAAGAAACAGUUACACCAACGGGUUAUAUCCGACACGGGCCCGCUUUUGGGCCUCUCAGCCCGCCGCCGCCGAACACUCAACCUCCGAUGGGCUCACCGUCGAAGGAAUUCUAGCCAAUAACUGGACUAUUCUUGAUGAAAACGACGGUGAUUGGAAGAGUCAUGCAGCAGCUAUAGCUCAAUCUAUUCAUUUGAUUAAACGCCGAUUACAGUGGAAGAAACUGAAGGUUAGGUUGGGUUUGUUAUCAGUUCAGCUGAAUAAGGAAGAUCUUUGGGAUGAUCCUGUUCGUGCUGGUAAAAUUAACAGGGAACAUGGUUCGUUGCUUGGGAAAAUGAAAGAGGUGAAUGGAUUGGAGAGAGAGUUACUUGAGCAUAUUGAAAUGAUAAAGCUCGCUCGGGAAGAGAAUGAUGAGGAGUUGGAAUUGGAAUCAAUGAAAGCAUUGCUUAACAUGAGAAGAAAUGCAAAAGAGAAAGAAAUCGAGGCAUUGUUGUCUGAGGAGCACGAUUCUUGUUCUUGCUACAUUGAGGUUCAGGCUGGGGCUGGGGGUACUGAGAGCAUGGACUGGGCUUCAAUGAUCAUGCAAAUGUAUAAAUCAUGGGCCCAACAACGUGGAUAUAAAGUUACUGUAAUGGAAGAAAUGCCUGGCGAAGUUGCAGGAAUCAAGCGAGCCACGAUUAAAGUAGAUGGCGAGUUUGCAUUUGGAUAUGCGAAAUCAGAAAUAGGAGUCCACAGGCUGGUGCGCAUAUCACCGUUUGACAGUAAUAAGCGCCGACAUACUUCAUUUGCUGCUGUAGCAGUUAUUCCAAACCUUGGUGAUCAAUCUUCCAGUGUACAGAUUAACGAAUCUGAUCUUCGAAUUGAACGGUUUCGCGCUAGUGGUGCUGGUGGUCAACAUGUUAAUACUACUGAGAGUGCUGUAAAAAUAACUCAUAUUCCUACAGGAGUUACUGCAACUUGUCAGAACGAAAGAUCGCAACAUCAGAAUAAGGCUUCGGCAAUGGCGGUGCUUCAGUCAAGACUAAACCAGCUGGAGAUGGCACGCCAGGCGCAGUUGAAUUCCCAGCAUACACAAUCGCUCACCGACAUAACCUGGGGUAGUCAGAUACGUAGUUAUGUGCUUCAUCCUUACCGUAUGGUGAAAGAUCUCAGAACUAACUACGAGGUUUCAGAUGCUGACUCUGUCCUUGAGGGAGAUCUAGACGGUUUCAUCAUGAGUUAUCUAUCAGCUUCUUUGGAUAAAAAUGAAGAUGAUGCUUAAAUGUAUUAAAUUACCAGAUUUUUGUUUGGCAUUUUGAACAGUUUCUCGCAGGUGAAGCUGAUCACUGUCACACAGUUGCUGACAUUCCCAUCGAGGUAUACCGGCGUAAAUGGAUACAUAUUGUUCGGCUUCCUAUCGGUAUUCUUGUCAUCAUAAAUAAAUGAAUAUGGAAGCACAAAGCUUGAUUAUUAAGGGCUUGCACUGUUCAAAUAACAUCUCAAAUGACCUAUGCUAGGCUGAUUCUUGUGCUUUAUGUCUCAUUUGUAAUUUGUAUACAUAUAUUAAUAACUAUAGAUGGUAUUCGACAUUC